AUGGCGUUGCGACUCUCAUUGGUGGCGGUCCUACUCCUGUUAUCGGCAGCUAGUACUACUACGACAACAGCAGUUGCUGCUCAAGCCCUGCCUCGCUGCUCAGACAAGUGCGGCAAUCUCACAAUUCCAUAUCCAUUUGGCAUGAAGAAGGAUUGUUACCUGCGAGAAGAAUUCUUUAUCAAUUGUAGCCAUACCACCCAAUCACCAGUGGCAUAUUUGAUGGAAGGGAGUCUCAUUGUUACUAACAUUUCCCUUGAUGACGGUGAGUUGGGAAUAUUGGGCUCCGUAGCUGCAGAUUGCUAUAACGCCCAGGGCAAUUUGACGUGCAGCUUCCCUUCUUCGAUCAGCCUGCCUCUUCCUUACACGAUCUCCAGUUCCAAAAGCAAGUUCUAUGCCGUUGGUUGCGACGUUCGUGCAAUUAUACAAGGCUUCCGAGGAGAAGAAGAGUUGGUGACCGGGUGCAUAUCCGUAUGCAACAGCCUUGACAACGUCGAUAAGAACUCUUGCUCCGGCGCUGGGUGUUGCCAGACUAACAUCCCCUGCGGACUAAAGAAUACGCCGGUCAAGGUGGAUAGCUACAAAAAUAAUUUGAGAGUAAGGGAUUUUAACCCCUGCAGCUACGCCUUUAUUGUAGAACAAGGCCAGAUUAAUUUCUCCCCUGCGAGUUUUAAAGAGCUGAAAAACACUGAAAAGCUUCCAAUGGUUCUUAAUUGGGCAAUUGGGAAGGACACAAAUCCCUGUAAUGAAGCUCAAAAGAGGAAGGAUUUCAUAUGCACGGCUAAUAGCAGGUGCGUCAACCCUAACAGGGGGUCAGUAGGUUACUUGUGCCGGUGCUUGCCUGGUUAUGAAGGAAACCCUUACCACCCAGGUGGUUGCCAAGAUAUUGAUGAGUGCAGGGCUUCAAACCCCUGCCAGAACGGACGGUGCUUAAAUACUCCACCUCCAGGAAAAUACUCUUGUUCAUGUCACAAAGGAUACAAAACCGACGGCAUGAAUGACAAGCUUUGCAUAAAAGACGAUUCCAAACGACACUCAAAGAUCGUUCUCCUGCAUAUUGUUUCAUUCGGUACUGGCGGCAGUCUUGGACUAAUAUUUCUAGCCAUUGUUGCAUGGUGGUUGGUCCAAGUCAUAAAGAAAAGGAAAAACAAAAAACGAAAGGAGAAGUUCUUGAAACAAAAUGGCGGUUUAGUAUUGGAGCAACAAUUAUCUUCUGGUGAUCAAGCUAAUGUUGAAAAAAUUAAGUUGUUCAAUUCAAGGGAGUUGGAGAAAGCCACCGACCAUUUUAGCAUAGAUAGAAUUCUUGGCCAGGGAGGCCAAGGUAAUGUUUACAAAGGAAUGUUGAUGGAUGGACAAAUUGUUGCUGUCAAAAAGUCUAAAAUAGUUAACGGAGGCGAAGUUCGACAAUUCAUUAAUGAAAUUGUGAUUCUUUCACAAAUUAACCACAGAAAUGUGGUUAAACUAUUGGGUUGUUGUUUGGAGACAGAAAUUCCCCUUUUGGUCUAUGAAUUUCUACCGAACGGAACACUUUCUCAGUACAUUCAUGACCAAGAUGAGGAGUUUCCUCUCACAUGGGGAACGCGAUUGCGAGUGUCUACCGAAGUUGCUGGAGCUCUUUCAUAUUUACACUCAACAGCUUCUAUUUACCACCGGGACAUCAAGUCCACAAACAUACUCUUGGAUGCCAAGUAUAGAGCAAAAAUUGCAGAUUUUGGGAUUUCAAGAUCCAUUUCCACUGACCAGACACAUCUCACCACACAAGUACAUGGAACAUUUGGUUAUUUGGACCCAGAGUACUUUCAAUCAAGCCAAUUUACAGAAAAGAGUGAUGUUUACAGCUUCGGUGUGGUCCUUGCUGAGCUCUUGACCGGACAAAAACCAGUUAUUUCCAUGAUGAGGUCGCAAGAAAGUAGAAGCCUAGCAACUCAUUUUCUUCUUUCCAUGGAGCAAAAUCGUUUGUUUUAUAUUCUUGACGCUCAAGUUAAGAAAGAUGGUAGCAAAGAAGAAAUUAUAGCAGUUGCUAACCUUGCGCAAAGAUGCUUAAAUUUGAGUGGAAGGAAACGUCCUACUAUGAAAGAAGUAGCGGCGGAAUUGGAGGGAGUUCGAUUGGCAGUUAAAGAUGCUGAUCAUGUUCAACAAAAUUUGGUAGAGGAAGAAGAUGUUGAAACUCAUGAAAUAACCAUCGAGGCUUAUUGCGAUGUUGUUUCUACAUCACACGGUCCUUUUACAGAUGGUGGUACUGCAAGUUCUUCAUCUGAUGUUCUUGGAAGCAUCAAUACAAGAUUUCGGCCACCUCCAACCUACUUGGACAAAGUGCUAAAGGGAAUAUCACCAAACCUGGAACAUCUUGUGGUUGACAACGACAUUGCAUGUGCACAUUCGGUUGCUAACAAUAAGCAUGAAUGGCAUCCACGGGAGUCUGCUACUGUAUGUUUGGUAUCGCACAUCAAGACUAUUUGCUUCAUAAGGAGAUUCCAGGGAACUCCAAAUGAGAUUAAAGUGGCCAAGUACUUGCAGAAGCAUGGCGAGGUUUUGACUUCUGAUUGA